AUGGCCCUGAAUCUCCCAUCCGUGGGAGCCUCGGGGAAUGGCAGCGGCGCACACAACCAACCUUCGCUUCCGUCGCUGCCUGCCCAUCUCCAGUCCGACACUCACCUCACGGCUCAUCUCGCCAGUCGAUUCCAUGCGGCCCAUCCUACCGCGCGUCUGUCUUCACAUGCUCUUAUUUCAUUGAAUACGUACACCUCCUCCACCAAAGGACCCGAAGGAGGUAAGGAUGGCAGUGCUAUGGGAGGUGCUGAGGAGCUGGCCGACCGUGCUUGGUUAAGGCUUGGGCAUCGAUCAGAGAGUCAAGCGAUUGUCUUCUUGGGUGAAUCGGGAUCCGGAAAGUCUACGAUUCGAUCACAUUUGCUCACAGCCAUCCUCAACAAGUCCUCAACGCCGUUGUCGACCAAGCUUUCGCUCGCCACUUAUAUUUUUGAUACGCUGACGACCACCAAGACGGCCACAACCCCAACCGCCUCCAAGUCUGGUCUAUUCUAUGAACUUCAGUACGAUACAACAGCCACAACCAACCCUGUUCUGCUUGGUGGUAAGCUUUUGGACCACCGAUUUGAGAGAAGCCGUAUUACCGACGUACCAACUGGUGAACGAAACUUUCAUGUGUUGUAUUACUUGCUAGCUGGAACAAGCGAAGCUGAGAAAGAGCAUCUUGGAUUGAGCUCUGUCAACGUAGGUGCAAACAAGGCCCAGCGUUGGAAGUACCUCGGACACCCUACCCAGCUUAAGGUCGGCAUCAACGAUGCCGAAGGUUUCCAGGUGUUCAAGAAUGCCUUGAGGAAACUCGAGUUUCCUCGUAGUGAGAUCGCAGAAAUUUGUCAGAUGCUUGCGGUUAUCCUCCAUAUCGGUCAGCUGGAAUUUGCUACUACCAAUGACACCAGCGCGGUUGCCGGUGACAGUGGUGGUUUCUCUCACGAAGGUGCCAAUACCUUCACUGGUGUGAAGAACAAGGAGGCCCUGACUAUCAUUGCUGCUUUCCUUGGUGUUAAUGCCAUGGAUCUACAGAGGACCCUGGGAUACAAGAGCAAGAUGAUCCACAAGGAGCGAGUGACAGUCAUGCUUGAUCCAAAUGGAGCCCGCUCUCACGCAAACGAGCUUGCACGGACUCUAUAUUCUCUACUUGUUGCAUGGAUCAUGGAAAACGUCAACCAACGAGUUUGUGUUCCAGAUGAAACAAUUGCCAACACUAUCUCCAUUGUUGAUUUUCCAGGAUUCGCCCAGCAGUCCCCCACUGGGUCAACUCUCGACCAACUUCUCAACAACGCUGGAACAGAAGCUGUUUACAACAUGUCUCUCCAUUACUUCUUUGACCGCAAGGCCGACAUGUUGGAAUCUGAAGAAGUUAGUGUUCCUCCUACUAGCUACUUCGACAACACAGACGCUGUCAAGGGUCUGCUGAAGCCCGGUAAUGGACUUUUGAGCAUUCUAGAUGAUCAAACCCGCCGAAACCGAACUGACAUGCAACUCUUGGAGAGUUUGAGGAAGAGGUUCGAAGGAAAGAACCCUGCCAUUGAAGUAUCCUCAGCCACUUCUAAGCUGCCCGGAAGCAAUUUCCUGACAGAAAACACUACCGCUGCAUUCACCGUCAGGCACUUCGCAGGUGAAGUAACGUACCCAGUAAAGGGGCUGAUUGAGGAAAAUGGAGAAGUGAUAUCGGGUGAUAUUCUCAACAUGGUCAAGACAAGCAAGAAUGAUUUUGUUGCCAAGCUAUUUGGUCAGGAAAUUCUCAAGACAGUUACUCACCCCAACGAGAAGAGCACCAUUAUGCAGGCAACCGUCAGCUCUAAACCUACGCGGGCACCCAGCGUUGUUUCUCGCAAGACGCAGCGAAGCAAGGCCCCAGCAGCAUACCGACGAAAACAAAUGAAAGCUAUGGAUCCCUUCGAGCAGGGAAGCGAGGUUGGUGACUCCCAGGCUGGGUCUAUGAAGACUGGCACCGAGCAGGGUGCUUCAGGACAGUAUCUGUCCUCGCUGGACAAUGUCCAGAAGGUCUUAGCUGACCCCAACACCAAUUCAUACUUUGUAUUCUGUUUGAAGCCAAAUGACCGUCGUAUGGCGAAUCAAUUUGACAGCAAGUGCGUCCGAACUCAGAUGCAGACUUUCGGCAUUGCAGAAAUCAGCCAGCGUCUUCGCACUGCCGAUUUCAGUAUCUUCAUGCCUUUCGGUGAAUUCUUGGGAUUGACCGAGGCCGAGGCAAUGCUUGUUGGCAGCGAAAGGGAGCGAGUCGAGAUCACCAUCGAGGAGAAGCGUUGGCCAUCCAAUGAAGUAUUCGUUGGUUCAACUGGUAUUUUCCUCAGCGAACGAUGCUGGAUGGAGAUUGCCCAACUCAGCGAGGCAGGGUCAGCUUCGGGACGGUUUGGUGCUGUUCCAUCCGAUGGGGACGUUGGUACCCCAAUUGAUGGUGGCGGCUUUGGGGCCUCGAGGGAACAGCUGCACUCCUCGGGCCACACUCCUCUCAUGUACGGCGAGAAGGGGAGAUCUGGGUACUUCUCUGGUGAUGACACCCGGUCGGAGGCUGGUGUCUCAGCCCUUGGCGCUGGUGACAUGUUCAAGAAUCUCGACACUCGUGAGCAGAUGGCUGAAAGGGGCAAUGAGAAGUCUAUGGUUGAAGUGGAGGAAUACAAGGAUAGCUCCAGCCGGAAGCGCUGGGUAUUCGUGACUUACCUGAUGACCUUUUUCGUCCCGGAUUUCCUUAUCCAGCAUCUUGGACGCAUGCCUCGCAAGGAUGUUCGUAUGGCCUGGCGCGAGAAGCUGGCAAUCAACAUGCUCAUCUGGUUAAUGAUCGCCUUUGUCGUAUUCUUCAUGAUUGGGCUCCCAAUGCUCAUUUGCCCAAGGCAAAAUGUGUAUAGUCCCGCGGAAAUCUCAGCAUAUGACAAUGGAAAGAAUAGCAAGGGCGCUUACGUUUCAGUGCGCGGCUGGGUAUUCGAUCUCAAUGGGAUAUACAACGCUCACUAUCCCAAAGCCCCCAUCAUUUCUCAGGACUCCUUCAUGGAUUACGCCGGUAAAGACGUUAGCGCUCUCUUCCCUAUCCAGGUUUCUGCUCUGUGCCUUGGCAAAGAUGGAAGCGUGGACGAGGCUGUCACACUUGACUAUAAGAGUGACAAUACUAGCAGCCAGGUGGUUGUGGAUACCAUGGAUGUGGUUGCUAAAUACCAUGAUUUCAGAGUCUCAACCAACGAUAGCAGACCCGACUGGUAUUACGAGCAAAUGUAUCUGAUGAAGAACAGCUUCAAGAAGGGCAAUGUUGGCUACUCGGCUCAAUAUGUCGGCACCCAAGCGUCAAAAUCCAGCAAGGCCAUCGCUAUUCUCAACGGCAAGGUUUACGAUUUGACACAAUAUCUCAGUGGGGGCCUGAUUCUCAAGCCAGCGCAAGGUAAAGAAACUCCUGACAACAGUGUGAGGAAUUUUAUGGAACCCCGUGUUGCGGACCUCUUUCGCCAAAGGGCUGGUUCCGAUAUUAGCCAAAUUUGGGAGCGUCUGAAGACGGAUAUGGAUGCGCAAGCACUAGCUCGCCAACAGACCUGCUUGGAUAAUCUCUUUUACGUGGGAGAUGUGGACACGAGAAGCUCAGUGCGCUGCCAGUUCUCCGAAUACUUGGUUCUCGCAAUUUCUUGCGUACUUGCGGCUGUCAUCGUUUUCAAGUUCCUUGCUGCGUUGCAGUUUGGCGGCAAGAACUUGCCAGAAAAUCUCGACAAGUUUGUCAUGUGCCAAAUUCCUGCCUACACCGAGGACGAAGAUUCUCUCCGACGUGCAAUCGAUUCCGCUGCUAGGAUGCAGUACGACGAUAAACGUAAAUUGCUCUGCGUUAUUUGCGAUGGUAUGAUUAUCGGUCAGGGCAAUGACCGACCUACCCCUAGAAUCGUUCUGGACAUUCUAGGUGUUUCUGAAACAGUUGAUCCUGAGCCGCUCAGCUUUGAGUCACUCGGCGAGGGUUUGAAACAACACAACAUGGGCAAGGUUUAUUCUGGCUUGUAUGAGGUGCAGGGUCACAUCGUACCUUUCCUCGUCAUCGUCAAGGUUGGCAAGCCAUCUGAAGUUUCGCGGCCAGGUAACCGUGGCAAGCGAGACUCCCAAAUGAUCCUCAUGCGCUUCCUUAACCGCGUUCACUACAAUCUACCUAUGAGCCCUAUGGAAUUGGAGAUGUACCAUCAGAUCCGCAACAUCAUUGGAGUCAAUCCGACAUUCUAUGAGUACCUCUUCCAGAUUGACGCAGAUACUGUUGUCGCUAGUGACUCGGCUACACGAUUCGUCUCAGCCUUCUUGAAUGAUACACGGCUGAUUGCCAUUUGCGGCGAGACUGCUCUCACCAACGCCAAGUCGUCCUUCAUCACCAUGAUCCAGGUUUACGAAUAUUGGAUCUCCCACAAUCUGACGAAGGCCUUCGAGAGUUUGUUUGGCUCCGUCACAUGUUUACCCGGUUGUUUCUCGAUGUACCGAAUUCGUGCAGCGGAGACCGGCAAGCCUCUCUUCGUCAGCCGAGAGAUUGUUGACGCCUAUGCUUGCAUUCGCGUUGAUACCUUGCACAUGAAGAACCUUUUACAUCUUGGUGAAGAUCGGUACCUUACCACUUUGCUUCUCAAAUUCCAUUCCCAGUAUAAGACCAAGUAUAUCUUCGCCGCUCAUGCGUGGACCAUCGCCCCCGAUUCGUGGCAAGUCUUCCUGUCCCAGCGACGACGAUGGAUUAACUCGACAGUCCACAAUCUUCUUGAGCUCAUCCCCAUGGCACAACUGUGUGGUUUCUGCUGCUUCAGUAUGCGCUUCAUCGUCUUCAUCGAUUUGUUGAGUACCAUUGUGCAGCCAACCAUUUUGGUCUACAUUGGCUACUUGAUCUAUCGCUGCGUUUCUAACCCUGGUGUUAUCCCUUAUACGGCAUUCAUUCUUCUGGGUGCGAUUUAUGGUCUUCAAGCUAUCAUCUUUAUCCUGCGCCGCAAGUGGGAAAUGGUUGGAUGGAUGAUAAUUUACAUCCUUGCUACCCCUGUCUUCUCCUUUGGUCUGCCUUUCUACUCCUUCUGGCACAUGGACGACUUCAACUGGGGUAACACUCGAGUCGUUGCUGGUGAGAAGGGUAAGAAGAUUGUCAUCACUGACGAGGGCAAAUUUGACCCAAGCUCUAUUCCCCGAAAGAAGUGGGAGGAGUACCAGGCCGAACUUUGGGAAACCCAGACUGGCAGGGAUGACGCGCAGUCCGAAGUCUCUGGCUACAGCUAUGGCACCAAGGCUCAAGGUCUUGGCUCGGAGUAUGCCUACUAUCCCAGCCGACCGGCCUCAACGACUGGCCUUAACCCGAACGCUGGGUUUGAACGCAACCAAUCUCGCAUGUCGCUGGCUCCUUCGGAAAUGCUCCACAACAAUAACCGUUUGAGCAGUUUCAGCCAAUCCCAAUUCUUCUCCCCUGAAGACAUGGUUGGACUUCCCAGCGACGACGCCAUCCUGGCUGAGAUCCGUGAGAUUCUCAAGACCGCAGAUCUCAUGACUGUCACAAAGAAGGGCAUCAAACAGGAGCUUGAGGGACGUUUCGGAGUGCCGCUGGAUGCUAAGCGAGCCUACAUUAAUAGCGCCACGGAAGCUGUUUUGUCUGGCCAACUUUAG